AAUUGUUGUGGUCUGUUUACCAAAGCUCUUGUGUAGUCGUCCAUGUCAACCUCAAACACGGCUUCACAUUCUGCCUCGCCAGCUCCUGAUCAGGCUAAGAGGCGUCAUGUACUCACCGCUGUCGAACGCCAGCGCUCACAACUUGAACGACUCCUCAAGGAUCCCUCGAAGCCUGCCUAUGUUCCUCCUGCACCGAAGGAGAAGACUAUUCGCCCGGCUCGCGAGAUGAUGAAGAAUGUCCAGGGAUCAAGCGCUGGUGCUGGGAGUGGCGAGUUUCACGUAUACAAGGCCAGUAGACGCAGAGAAUACGAACGACUGAAGAUGAUGGAAGAUGAAGCAAGAUUAGAAACUGAAACAGCAGAGUUUGAGAAAAAGCGGAAAGAAGCGGAGGAUAUAGCUGAAACCAAGACAGCCAAAAACCGAGCCAAGCGUCAAAAGAAGAAGGAAAGAGCAAAAGUCAAGCCAUCAGAGAAAGGCGACGGGAAGGAUGGCACACAAGAAGCUCCAUUGAAGAAGAGACGCUUAGUCAAUGGAAAAGAGCUCGUGUUUAGGAAACCUGGGGAGGAGAGCGACGAAGAGGAAGAGGUGGAUGACGCUGAGGGACACGAUAAACUUGGUUUACCGAAUGACUUGGAAACAGAGCAGAUUCCAACCGAGGAAGUACCCCGAAUUGCACAGGAGCAACGAAUAAUUUUUCACGAGGAUGACUAGGCUUGCUUUCCACUCACCUGCAUGUCUUCCUGCUCAAACCUGAUCUCCAGAGCAAACAACGCACGCAAAUUUCAAUCAAUUGAUGUUCACCGUUCUUUUGGCAGAAACCGUUACUAGGGGUCGGU